AUGGAAACUCAAAUAGAGAACAACUCUGUUCGGCUAAAAUUAAAAAAGGAACUAACAAACCAAGAACGUCAAGCAAUUGCUGAAAUUCUAUUGAUGCAAAGUGAAAACGGAAAAUUGAAAAGGCAUACCAUACCUGCCACAGCCAAAAUGUUUUCUGUUUGUGCCAGAACUAUUAGUCGAAUUUGGCAUCGGCUUGUGGAAAAUCUUUCAAAUGGGUCAGCAAUUGAUGUUUCUAGCAAAAAGCAUAACAGAGUUGGUCGCAAACGGGUGCAAGUUGAUCUCAAUAAGGUAUCAGAAAUUCCUCUCCGACAACGUACAAACAUUCAAUCUUUAUCAUUUGCUAUGCAAGUUGCUAAAUCUAUAUUACAUAGAAGAAUUAAAGAAGGCUUAAUUAGACCACAUUCAAAUGCCUUGAAGCCAUCUUUAACUGAAGAGAAUAAAAAAGCAAGGUUGUUAUUUUGUUUGUCAAUGCUUGAGCAGUGUAGUCUUCAUAACAGGCCAACUUUUUGUAAUAUGCUUAAUUAUGUUCACAUUGAUGAAAAAUGGUUCUAUAUGUCUAAAGAGUCCGAGAAAUAUUAUCUCCUUCCUGAAGAAAAUGAACUCGUACGUACCUGCAAAAGUAAAAGGUUCAGUACAAAGGUUAUGUUUCUCGCCGCAGUUGCUAGGCCACGAUAUGAUACUUCUGGCCAUGAAGUUUUCUCUGGAAAGAUUGGAAUUUUCCUAUUUAUUUGCAAAGUUCCUGCCAAAUGA